AUGGGGCUGGUCACCAGAGAAACCAAACGAUUAGAGUGUCAGCCCCACCCACCAACCUCCAGGAAGGGGAGGGUGGGGCUGGACAUCGAGCUCUAUAGAAACAUCAUGAACAGUGAAAUUCAGAAAGCUCCCAGUUUGGUGAACAACUCUAGGUGCUGCAAGGGUGAUGUGUCUGGGAAGGUGCUUAAUAUUUCAUGCAGAAGAAAUUCAAGAAUGAUAGAAAAUUUGAAUAAACUGAAAGUACCUGCCUCAAAGUACUUAUCAAGCCUCAAAGAUAGUAACAAAGGGAAAGAUAGUAACUUCAUUGUGGAGAAACAAGCAGGCACCAACUUAACCAAGAGAUCAGAGUAA